GACAGUAGCAGCGGCAGCGCAUGACGUGAAGGGAACGUUCCCGUGAGAGGAGGGAGAGCACAAGGAAGCGCUGGGGUGCGCGCAUUGGCUCGUGAUAGCGCGCUAGGAGGAAGGCCGUAGACAUGAGCAGCUCGUCAGCCGUGACCGCCCCCAGCUCGGACUGAAAGAUACUCGGAGGUCUUCAUGGAUAUAGUUGACACAUUCAACCAUUUAAUUCCUACUGAACACUUAGACGAUGCCCUUUUUCUAGGAUCGAACCUAGAAAGUGAAGGUGGCGAGGAAUUUUCCAAUAGUCAGCAUGUCGUAGAAGAUUCUCUGAAGAAUAUGCUGAGUGACAAGGAUCCAAUGUUGGGAUCUGCAAGUACCCAAUUCUGCUUACCAGUUUUGGAUAGCACCGAUCCAAAUUUGCAGAUAUCCUCUUCAUCAGGUGUUGGCCUUGAUGAAAUAAUGGAUGUUGGUGUUGUUAAAGUAAAUGUUAAUGAUCCCAAUGAUGAAGAGGAGCUGAUAUUGCCAAACAAAGAUAUUAAUAGAUUAAAUGAACCUCCAAUGACGUCACCAAGAAAAUCACCACGUUUGAUAGCUCAGGAUUGUGUAAGAAAUCUGAGACAGAGACCUACAGAGAAGCAAUCAAGUCCUUCAAAAGUAACAAGUCUAAAAUCUAAGUCGUCUAGAAAAGAGAAGCAUGAUGAUGUCUUGCCCCCAGAGCAUGAAGUGAAAAGAAGUAAAAGAAGCAGCAGUCAGUCAGAACAAAUUCUUGCAUCAUCUUCAAGUUCAAGAAAGUCAACAAGAGCAGAACAUGAAGAAUUUAAUGAUGAAACCAUAACAGCUGAGCAGAAGGAUGAACACCAAACUGACAAGACUUCUCAUGAAGCAAGUGAUCAUUUAUCACUCGAGUUAAAAGAUAACUCUGAAACAGCAAAUUUCUUUAGUUUAUCAAAAGAAAAGCCUGUUAAAGAACAAGGUAUAAUUAGUGAACCUGUGCAAACCCACUCACAAACCACUGGUCAUCCAGCUGAAUUGUUAACACAAACGGCAGAGGAGCGUGUUUUUGAAGGAGAAAUUUUUAAUGCAGAUAAAAAAACAGAUGUCAUUUAUGAUAAUGUUCACAAAGAGCUAGCUCUCUUGUCUGGGGUUGUUAAAUGUGAGUUGGAUGUUAAAAAGAUUGCACACUCAACUGUAAGUGGUUCAUUAGAAAAUCCAAUUGAUCUGAAAGUCACAAUGGACAGAGGUAAAUGUUUGAAUUCAUCUGGCCAUCCUGUUAAUGAACCCAUGUCAGAUAUGGACAUUAAUAUUGCUGAAAGCAGUGUAUCAGCAUACAGUGAACAUGGGAAAGAAGAAGAAAAGCUUCUGGCAUCAGACCAAAAAAUGUUACAGGAGAAACAAGCCUGCAGUAAACAAAGCAAUGUCAAAAAAGGUACCAGGAAGCAAAAAUCUAGUUCAGGUAAAGCUAAUCCUCAUUUACAGCCAACAUCAAGAACUCCUAAAAAAAUAUCUGCUGUAAAAGAUACCAGCAUGAAUCUGAAGAGUCAGAAGGGUAAAGUUAGCUGCCUUAAAAAAGACAUCACUUUUACAGGGCAUGUAAACAAUCCAGAAAGACAGAAUGUUGUCAAAGUAAAGAAAAAGAUGUCAGAAAAUACAAAGGAUGUUGUAGGUUCUUCAAAUGAAAAGAUGGCAAAAAAGAAUGUGUGUUCGGCAGAAACUGCUAAUUUAGAUAAUUCCAUUAAACAACAUAUGGAUGAAUUAAGUGAUAAUCAACGUGGUUUCAAAGAUACUACACAUCCUUCACCAGCUCAUGUUCGAUCUCGCACAAAGAGUUUGUCUCAGUCUACUGAAAAAACAUCUAAACCACUUCCAUCAACAAUGCCCAAAGCCAAUUUUCAAGGAAAAGAUGUAGGGGAACAGAAAGAGGCACUGGAUACUUUAGAAGAAAAAUCUAAACUGAAAAAGUUAGUUCCACCUCGGCAAAGAAGAAGUAGUAAAAGCAUUUCUCUUGAUGAACCACAACUGUUUGUUCCAGAUAACAUUCCAGCUAUAAAAAAAGAGGGAACAGAAGUAACCUCUGCAAGUGAUAAGAUUGUAGGAAGCUCCAUCCGAUAUUGUUGCUCAUGUCGAAAACUUCAUGGCAAUAAGUUUAUGGUAGGUUGUGGAAGAUGUGAUGAUUGGUUUCAUGGAGAAUGUGUUGGUUUGAGCCUUUCCCAAGCCCAGCAUAUGGAAACCGAGGAUAAAGAAUAUAUAUGCGUAAAGUGUUGUGCUGAAGAUGAAGCAAAGGAAGCUGAUGACUCAAGUGUUUCUGAGAAUCGCCAGAAAAUUGAAGUGCAACAAGAGAGUAAAAUAGAAUCAGAAAAAUCAACGAUAAAGUCAUUGCCUAUAAGCAGCCCAAGAAUGUCGCAUGACAACUCAAAGCCAAGAGAAGAUUCAAAGCACAAGGUUAAAGCGUUAAGAAAGGAUUCAGGUGAUGGCAAACAAGUGGUUGAUAGCAAAGAUGGCGAUGUUAAAAAACAUGCUGUUUCACAGCGGAAAGCAGGUGUUCCAGAAACACAUCGUAUUUCUGAGGAGAAACGUGAAAGGCCUUCAAAAGAGACCUCAAAUUCUCCAUGUCAUGAUGAAAAAACUACAAAAUUAGGUGUUAAUGAAAAACAAGAGAACAAAAAGAAGAAACAAGAAAAGAAAGGCCCACCACCUAACCUGCAAACUUCUUCUCCUCCAACUCCUAAGCCAUCUAUUGAUCAGAUAAGACAAAGUGUCCGGCAAUCUCUGAAAGAUAUUUUACUGAAAAGGAUUUCAGAAUCAAGUUCCAAGAUUCCAGAGGAGAGAGCUAUAAAAGUUUCAUCCAGAAUUGAAAAGGAACUAUUUUCUUUUUACCGAGACACAGAUUCUAAGUAUAAGAACAAAUACAGAAGCUUGAUGUUCAAUCUUAAAGAUCCUAAAAAUAAAGUAUUGUACAAACGAGUUCUGAAAGGAGAAAUCACACCUGAACAUCUUAUUAAGAUGAGCCCAGAGGAAUUGGCUUCCAGGGAAUUAGCUGCAUGGAGACAACGGGAAAACAGACAUACAAUUGAGAUGAUAGAAAAGGAACAGCGUGAAGUAGAACGAAGACCAAUCACCAAAAUCACACAUAAAGGGGAAAUUGAAAUAGAAAGUGAAACCCCCAUGAAAGAACCAGAAGUCAUGGAUACACAGGAAAUUAGUGUUAAACCUGCUGAAAAGGAGGAAGAAAUUCAAAAAGAGCAAGAGUUACCAGCUGAAACUUCAUCAGACACCACAUCACAUCAUAAAAAUCAUCUCUUUGAUUUAAACUGUAAAAUAUGCACAGGUCGAAUGGCACCUCCUGCUGAAGAAAUUUCACCUACAAAAGCAACUAAUCCCGCAGGACUAAUGCGCAAACAGUCAGAUAAUGGAGCAGAUAUCAUAACUGAACCCCUUUCCACAUCCUCCAGUAUUUUGAAUAUAGAUGCAGUAGAAGGAGGAAAACAGGAACCGCUACAUGACAGAUUAGCUUCCAUUACUGCCAGUUCUGAGCAAUUCCAUGUUACUGAUACAGCAGAGGAUGAAUCAACAUUUUUGGCACGUUUGAACUUUAUUUGGCAAGGAUUUCUUAAUAUGCCUUCAGUGGCAAAGUUUUUGAUCAAAGCUUAUCCGGUAUCUGGAUCUUUAGAACACUUAGCUGAGGAUCUACCAGAAAGUAUUCAAGUUGGAGGGAGAAUCUCUCCGCAGACAGUUUGGGAUUAUGUAGACAAAAUUAAAGCAUCUGGGACAAAGGAAACCUGUUUAGUUCGGUUUAGUCCUGUUACAGAAGAAGAUCAAAUAUCUUACACAUUACUGUUUUCAUAUUUUAGUAGCCGAAAACGUUAUGGUGUAGUUGCAAAUAAUAUGAGGCAGGUAAAGGACAUGUAUCUCAUUCCUUUAGGUGCCUCAGAGAAAAUACCACAUUUUUUUGUACCUUUUGAUGGACCUGGACUUGAAGCCCAUAGACCAAAUCUGUUAUUGGCUUUGAUUAUCCGUCAAAAAGUAAAGAGACUACAUAGCAUCAGCAUUGAUGAUGAACCUCCUGGAGGAUUACUUAGUGUUCCUGCAGAAAAAAAGAGCAGGGUUGAAUGUAACGAUGAUGAUGAAGAAGAUGAAGAAAAUGAUUUUUUUAAUUCAUUUACUGCUGUAUUACAUAAAAAUAGAAACAGGCCACAACUUUCAGAUACUGAAGAACCCCAGGUAGUUACUGAAUGUGUACCAGAGACAGUUAAACUUGAGCCAACAAAGCCACUCAGAUUUCUCCCAGGGGUAUUAGUUGGCUGGGAAAAUGCAGAGUCUACUCUAGAUUUAGCAAGCAGACCUCUACCCGUUGAUGAUAUAUUACAGAGUCUUUUAGGCACUACAGAAAAUACAUUUGAUCAUAAGCAGCCUUUGACAGUUUCAUCACAAUCUGAUAAGCCAUUCAAAGAAGAUAAAAGUAGUAAGAUCGAAGUGGCUGAAAAGUCAGAUGACAGAAUUUUACAAAUAGAGUCCACGGAGACUAUGGAGGAAUCUACAUCUUUAAUGGGAAUUUCAGCUACAAAUUUACAAGGCAUUUCCCUCAAAGGAAAACCACCUGAUGUUUCUACUGAUACGUAUUUGUCCAACAUUCAUUUUAACGAGGAAUCGUUAGAUGAUGACAUAAAUGAAUCUACUGAUGAUAAGAAUGAUUUUGACACAUUUGCACAUUUAAACAAAAUGAGCAGUGACGAGAGCAAUUCAUUUUCUGGUGAAAACGUAACUCCCACACAAUCUCCAAAACCUGCACAUACUAAAAGGGAUCCAAGACAGGCUGCUGCCGGAAGGGGACACCAUAGUAAUUUGUCAGACCUCAAAGAUCAGGAUUUAAGUAAAAUAGAAGAAAACACAGGAAUAGAUGAAGAAGAUAUGGAAAUUAUUUUACUGCAUAAAAAAGAGAAAUCAAAAAAACAGGCACACAGAGAAACUGAUUCAUCUAAAGGUGACAAGUCAUUGCGGUAUUCUUACACAAUGGAAAAGGAAAUAGAUAAUUCCAAAUCAUCGAAAGCCAGUGAAACAAAGCCAUUUCUCCAGAAUAUCCUGAUUGAUGACACUGAUCCCUUGCAACAAUUUAGAAGAGCUUUGGCUGCAAAUAAAGCCCAAUCCCAGGCUUCAAAUAAUCCUGAGUCACAAAUAUCCUCUGCAUCUUACACAGAAACUUCUUCUAAAAAUUCCAUUCCUACUUUUGGUGGACUAAAGCUGCAGCAACCUCCGUUUCUUCCUGUGAAGAACAAUCCAUCUCCAUUUCCAUUCCAACAAAAUCCAAGCUUUCCACUUCAAAGCAAUGCUAUCUUUCCCUAUCCACCACACAUACCACCUCUGUUGCCUACUCCUCUGGGCAUGGGCUUUCCAAGACCACCUAGAUUUACUUCUACUGACAACACACUUCAUAACCCAUUUGUAGCUUGGCAUCCAUUAAUGCAGCUGUCUCGACAACCUCCACAAUAUUUAGGACAGCUGAAACCCGGACCCCUUUUGGGACCUGAACAAACAAGAUACCAGAUGCAACAAAAGUUUGCCCACAAAGAUCUUAGACCAGAAAGGCGGCAUAGUGAUCCGUGGGACAAACAAGAUCGAAUUUCAGAUAGGUCAUCUAGUCGAGGAAGUAGAGCUGAACACAGACAAAGGUAUUAUAGUGAAUCUCAUCACUCGAGGGAAAAGAGGCAAUAUGAAAAAGAUUCUGACAAGGACUCAGAAAGAAGUAGACGCAGGGAAAGGGACAAAGACCGUGCUCGUGACAGAGACCGGAAAAGCCGUGAUGAUUCACAUAGAGAAAAAGAUAAAUCAAAAUCCUCUUAUAGUGACAAAUCAGGUGACAGAACUCAUAAAGAAAGUAAAAGUGUUGAUAAAUCUAAAAAUGAGGAGAGAAACCAUGAUAAGGAAAAGGGCAAGAAAGACCGGGAAGAGGAAAAGGAAAAAGAGAAACCGCACAGGGAGAAGGAACGAGAUCACAGUGACAGAGCAAAGAGUAAAAAAUAAAUGCUUCCAUGCUUUUUAGUUUUAUCACUAGAGUUGUGCCAUGAAUUUCCUAGCGUCUCAGUGUUUUUCUGAAAUAUAAUCUGUUAUAAAACCCAAAUAUUCACUAGAAUUGUUACUGCUACAGAAUUGUCACAAAAGUAAUCUUUUAUAACAGAUAUUUUACACUACUAAGUUAAGUAUUCCAAUGCAUUGUUGUGUGAAUAUGCAAUAAGUUUAAAAUUAUUGUUGGAAAAGUUUUACUUGGUAUGCCACCAUACAUGAUUGAAAUUUUCAUUAAUAUUUUAAAUUAAACUUCUCUAUACAAAUGUAUUUUUAAAUUGCACUGUUCUUAAAAAGUAGAGUAUUUGGAUUAUGAAGCAACUGCUGCUUUAAAAAAAACAUUAUUUUUUAGAAAACAACUUAGAAAAUUCAGUGAAAUGUUACACAAAUAAGCAUCAAAGUUGAUUGUACCAUGGAUUAAAAGGUGUAAGCAGUUCUCUUUUUAUAGCUUUGAAAUGCACUUGUUGUAGGGGGACAUACUUUAAUUUGUCAUGCUUUUUUCUUUUUAUUAAGUUAAAUGUAGACAUUCUGUUUGUGCUUUAAAUACUUGAAACCUAAGCUUGUACAUUCGAGUUUUUUGCUAUUUUUAUACAGUAAAAUGUAAAUAUUUUAAGGACUAUUUUGAUUCUAAACAUGAUACAAUACAAAUAUUUUGCCUUUCUAUAUGUAAAUAAUGUGCUUGAAUUGUUAGAUGAAAAAACUGUAUUUCAUGAAUUUCUUUGAAUAUCUUGGUUGCUUUGAACCAAACUCAAUGAAAAGUUAUUUUCACAAGCUAAAUCAAGACAGGCCGUGUGUGUUACAUUGAAUGCUGUCUAAUAAUUGUGUAACAACUGAAAUAUUAAAAUAUUUUCUUUAACAUUAACCUCCCAGAAUGUGCCAUACCUAUAAUCAAUGGCCAUUUUUUAUUGCUUUUAGAGUUAAAGAAGUAAGCAAUUUGUCUCCUAAUUGCAGAUUUGUAUUUUGUACAUUUUUGGCAGAGAGCAGUUUGCUUCUCUCUGUGCGAAAUGAAUUACUAUAGCGCAGAAUGGUACUGGAUGUUUUUAGCGUGCAAAGCCAUUAAUACCCGUUAAAAAAAAAAAUGUUACAAAUUGGAAAAAAAUAACGUAAAUGUAUUAUUCUUAUGUUGAACCCAUACUGCAUUGUGAGCAGUAUAUCCCCCUAAAUUAAAAUGGCUUACUUAAACAUACUAACCUAUUGUUUUAAUUAGGAAAUCUGUAUGGUUCUUUCUUUGCACUAAACAGGGCAAAUUGAAACUAAAAUGUCAUUCUACUUCAGAUUCUUACAAGCACAAAUAAAUCAGCAGUCCACUGAGACACCCUUUAAAUGAGCCCCUCCCUUGCCCCAGCUGCAGCUUUAGUUGGGUUUUGCAAUAAGGAACAACUCCUUUUACAGACUUUCCCCUGGUUAGUGCCAGAACUAUUGCCUACUUCCUAAUGAAUACAAUAGACACAAAGUAAAUGACAAAAAUAUUUCAGACAUUGUAUAUUCCCUAGUUAUGACUCCUAACUGAAGCAGUUUUAAUGUUUAAAAAAAGUUUGGUAUUCUAUUUGAUUCUAUUCACCUCUACUGUUAGCUACUUUUUACAUCCUAUUAAAGGGACACUUUUACUGCUAAUUAAAUUCUAAUUAGAAAUUCAUCUUCAUCUUGCUCUUGUUUGGAAGCAUCCAAGCAGUCCAUAAGCACAUUGGCUAGCUCUCCUCUCUUUCUUCUUCUAACUUAGGCUAAUUCAAGUCAGAUUCAGACAUGGAGGGAACCUGGUCCAAGGUUUUAUAGUUGACAACGCUAAGAAGGCUGGCUUCAGUUUUGGAGCCUUUGCAGCAAUGGCAUUUUGCAUUUCAGUAGAUAUUUACUCUGUACGGGUAUGGGAUCCGUUAUACAGAAAGCUCCGAAUUACGGAAAGGCUGUCUCCCAUAGACUCCAUUUUAUCUAAAUACUCCAAAUAUUUAAAAAUGAUUUCCUUUUUCUCUAAUAAUAAAACAGUACCUUCUACUUUAUCCCAACUAAGAUAUAAUUAAUCCUUAUUGGAAGCAAAACCAGCCUAUUUGGGGGCAGAUUUAUUAAGUUUGGAAUUGGAAAUUCGAAUUUCAAAUCUUUUUUAAAUCUUAUUCGAAACUCACAAAUUCGAAUCCGGAAUAACCUGAAUUCGAGAUUUAUCAUACCUGGACCCUGGAAACAAUUCAAAUUCGCUUAUUUGCCACCUAAAACCUGCCAAGUUCAUGUAGAAGUCAAUGGGAGAGGCCCAAUGACCGAUUUGAAGAUGUUAAUAGCCUUCCUGGCAGAGUUUUUUCAGCGAAAAAACUUGAGUCGAGUUUAGUUGAAUUCGAUUGGAGUUUUCGGGUCGAUAAUAUUUGUUCCAGUUUUAGAUAUUCAAGUUUCAUUUAAGUUCAAGAAACUCUAACAUUUCACCUUUGAUAAAUCUGCUCCCUAAUGUUUACAUGAUUUUUUAGUAUUUUCUGGUACGAAGAUCCAAAUUACAGACUGAUCCGGUAUCCAGAAAACCUCUGUCCCAACGAUUCUAGAUAACAGGUUCCAUAUCUGUAUUCAUUGCACACUUCACCCAGUGGCAGAAUCUAUUAAUAAAAACUUUUGUGUAAUAUUUAAGGAACAGUUCAGUGUGAAAAUAAAAACUGUGUAAAUAGGCUGUGCAGAAUAAAAAAUGUUUCUAAUAUAGUUAGGUAAAAAUGUAAUGUAUAAAGGCUGGAGUGACUGGAUGUCUAAUAUAAUAGUCAGAACACUACUUCCUGCCUAUCCAUUUACCCAGUUUUUAUUUUUACACUGAACAAUUCCUUUAAGAUAUUGGUUGGGUUAAUAAUAUAUAGAUGAUUUAACGUGACCCUGAAUAGUAAGAAGAAGCAAAUGGCAAAAGACAAGUGAUAGUGUCUCUUAAGGCUGUGUUUCAAUAAUUUCACAAUAUUUGUCCUGUUUUAGUCAUAAAAUCUUCACUUGUAAAUAAUAUUGCUUUUUGUACAUUAUGGCAUUUGUAGACUAGCAAUAUAGAAAUGAAGAAGCUUAUAUCUUUCUCACAGUUCAAAAUAGCAGUUCUUAGUAAUAAUAUUUUCAGCUUUGUAUUCAUUCUAUUAAGUGAUCAUUUUCCCUCAGUCCCCUAAAUUGCAUUACAGUUGGAUUUACAGACAUACCUGCUUUAUAUGGGCAGUUGUUUUGGUGGCCCAUGUGGAUUUAAUAGUAAGAACCCAUCAAUAUCCGUUAGGAAGUGUUUCUCGAAUUGUCCAUUCCGCAUAUACAGAGAUGUUUCAUUGAAACCAUUGCAUGUUAUCUGAACUUUCUGAUUGUAACAAUGACUGUAUCUAAUAAUGUAAAUUUUAUUGUAGUGUAAUGUUUAUAUGAAAAUUUUAAAAUUUUUAUUAAAAUAUUUUAAGUAA